AUGAGUCUACACGGACUUGGAGUGAUUGGGGCCCAGGUGGCUGCAUCUAUCAAGAACACCGACGAGAAAAUCCCAACCACACCUAAUAUCGCUCCCGCACGAUACUCCAUUACGUCUUCGCCUGGGGCUCAUAGCCAGGAGUUUGAUCCAUCGAUCGGCGCAAAGCCAUGUUCGCCAUUCUAUCCUCAUUCAAGUCCAACUGUCUCGCACGAACAACUCACCUUCGAAACAAAGAAUGCGAGUCGGAAAAGCCGUAUCAGAGACGUAGAAAACGUGGGCCCAUACGCAAGCUGCCGAACUGAUAGUCCUCGACGAUCGAAGUUGUGGGAAGAAGAGAACAAACCAUUGACAUGGCUGCAGUCUUUGAGUAAUAAACAACGGAUGGCACUGAAGGCAGUUGUGGCUGUGGUGACAGUGGGAACUAUGAUUGCGAUCGCAUUGGGCAUUACUGCGGCGGUGGGAGGAGCAGGUUGGAAAGCUAGUGCCGAAAAAAUGGCAACUGGAGGAUGA